AUGAAAAAAAAAAGACAAAGAAAAACAGAAAAAGAAAAGAAAGAAAGAAAGAAAGAAAAGCUCAAAUCCUUUUGUUCUUUUGCAUUGAAUUUCCUCUCUUAUCUUUCUCUCUGUCAAAUUUAUAACCGACCCCUUUCUCCUCUCUCUCUCUCUCUGAAAUAACCAUAGUCUGUUUUUCUCUCUCUCUCUCUAUAUGUGAGUGCGAUGAAGAUGAUCAUGGAGCAGGGUUAUGAUCAUCUUGAAAGAAGAAGACGAGGAAGAUAAGUACAUAUAUAGAAGAAAGUCAAAAGGCGGUUGGCCAUAUUAAUGGGGUUUUCAAGAGCUAAUAGUAACAGUUUUAAAGAAGAGAAAGUAUUAUAGUAGACCAAGCUGCAGAGGCAACAAAGCUUUUGGGAACCUCUUUCAUGGCUUCCAGCAUUAAAGGAAACAACAACAACAACCAAACAAGUAAUAGUACUUCUGACCAAACACCACUACUAUUUCAACACCAACAACAUCAUCAGAUUCAAGGCCAUCAUCAUCAUCAUCAACAUCCUAAGCAGAUUCCUUACAACAUGAUUAAUCAGUCGUCAUCUUCCUCCUCCCUUGGAAAUUUCAUAAGCAAAGACAGUAAUAGUACUACUGGCGCUUAUGAUAUGGGAGAGUUGGAUCAAGCCCUUUUUCUCUAUUUGGACGGUCAGGAUCAUCACCCUUCUAAUAAUUUUCAAGAACAUCAUCACCAAAGACAGAACAGUGGGGGUACUGGAAUGAGGCCUCCGACUUUGAAUAUUUUCCCAUCUCAGCCUAUGCACGUAGUAGAGCCUGCAUCUUCAACAAAAGGUUCUCCUCCAAUGAGUGGUAGCAUUGAUAAUUCAAAGAGACCAUCUGAUCCAUCGAGUAUGGAGUUGGCCAACAGUACACGCAAUGACAAUAAUUCUACUGCUGCUCCAUCUGUUCCUGAUUCUGCAGCCAAUAAGGCUAUCAAGCGGGAGGGUAAUAAUAGAAAAGGUCCCACAUCGAGUUCAGAGCAGGAAGGACCCAAAACUCCAGAUCCUAAGACAUUGAGAAGGCUUGCUCAGAAUAGGGAGGCAGCUAGGAAAAGCAGGCUUCGGAAAAAGGCAUAUGUGCAACAGUUAGAGUCCAGUAGGAUAAAACUCACUCAGCUUGAACAGGAGCUACAAAGAGCUAGAGCACAGGGAAUGUUUUUUAAUGGAGGAACUUUAGUUGGAGGUGAGCAAGGCCUUCCUAUUGGUAUUAACAACACUAGCCAAGAAGCCGUAGUUUUCGACAUGGAAUAUGGGAGAUGGCAAGAGGAGCACCACCGUCUGAUGUGCGAGCUGAGGGCGGCGGUGCAUGAGCACUUGCCGGAAAAUGAGCUAAGAAUAUUUGUGGAGAAUUGCUUGGCGCAUUACGACCAAAUGAUGAACCUCAAGAGCAUGGUCGCCAAAUUCGACGUCUUUCAUCUCAUUUCCGGUGUGUGGAAGACUCCGGCCGAACGAUGUUUCAUGUGGAUGGGUGGAUUUCGGCCUUCUGAGCUCAUCAAGAUAAUUCUGAGUCAAAUAGAGCCAUUAACGGAGCAACAAAUAUUGGGCAUCUGUGGAUUACAACAGUCCACACAAGAGGCUGAAGAAGCUCUCUCCCAAGGGCUUGAGUCUCUGAACCAGUCACUUUCGGACACCAUAACCUCUGACUCCUUAAGCUGCCCUCCUAACAUGGUCAACUACAUGGGCCAAAUGGCUGUCGCCAUGAACAAGCUCUCUACGCUCGAAGGUUUCGUUAGACAGGCUGAUAAUCUGAGGCACCAAACGUUGCACCGGCUGCACCAACUCCUGACGACCCGCCAAGCCGCAAGGUGCUUGCUAGCGAUUGCCGAGUACUUCCAUCGUCUUCGAGCGCUUAGCUCUCUUUGGUUGACUCGUUAUCGACAAGAAUGAAUUAUAAUAUUAAAAAAGUCCAAGACCCUCAGCCAAUUCAAAGCUUUCAUCUCUCUUCUUCUUCUUUAAUUAAAUCAUUAGUUGGCGUAUCGUUAACAUUAUUUAGUAUUUAACUUUCUUUU